GGCCGCGGAGGAGGCGGCGGCAGGCGGGAGCGGCGGCGGCACAGGCUCCGGGCCAGCCCAGCGCGCAUCCCUGGUGCUCUGCGCUGCGGAGAGCUUGGAAGAGCGCGGGAGCCGCGACACAGGAGUGGACAAAGCAAGAUGGCAGGGAUCUUAGCUUGGUUCUGGAACGAGCGGUUUUGGCUUCCGCACAAUGUCACCUGGGCAGACCUGAAGAACACGGAGGAAGCCACCUUCCCUCAGGCGGAGGACCUUUACCUCGCCUUCCCCGUGGCCUUCUGUAUCUUCAUGGUGCGGCUCAUCUUCGAGAGGUUCAUAGCCAAACCAUGUGCCAUAGCCCUCAACAUCCAGGCCAAUGGACCACAAAUUGCCCAGCCAAACGCCAUUCUGGAAAAGGUCUUCACUGCUAUAACAAAGCAUCCUGAUGAGAAGCGAUUGGAAGGGCUCUCCAAGCAGCUGGACUGGGAUGUUAGGAGCAUUCAACGCUGGUUUCGACAGAGACGCAACCAGGAAAAACCCAGCACCCUGACCAGGUUCUGCGAGAGCAUGUGGCGAUUUUCCUUUUACCUCUAUGUAUUUAGCUACGGAGUCCGGUUCUUAAAACAGACCCCUUGGUUGUGGAAUACAAGACACUGCUGGUAUAACUACCCCUACCAGCCGCUCACUGCUGACCUUCACUACUACUACAUCCUGGAGCUGUCAUUUUACUGGUCUUUAAUGGUUUCCCAGUUCACUGAUAUCAAAAGGAAGGACUUUGGCGUUAUGUUCCUGCACCACCUUGCAACUAUUUUUUUGAUAACCUUUUCAUAUGUCAACAACAUGGCCCGAGUAGGGACCCUGGUCCUCUGUCUUCACGACUCAGCUGAUGCUCUGCUAGAGGCUGCCAAAAUGGCAAAUUAUGCCAAAUUUCAGAAAAUGUGUGAUCUUCUGUUUGUCAUGUUUGCCAUGGUUUUUAUCACCACACGGCUGGGCAUAUUUCCUCUCUGGGUGUUAAAUACCACAUUGUUUGAAAGUUGGGAGAUCGUGGGACCUUACCCUUCCUGGUGGGUUUUUAACCUGCUGCUGUUGCUACUACAAGGGUUGAACUGCUUCUGGUCGUACUUGAUUGUAAAAAUAGCUUGCAAAGCUGUUUCAAAAGGCAAGGCUGGGAAGUGGAACCCUUUACAUGUAUCCAAGGAUGACCGGAGUGAUAUUGAAUCUAGCUCAGAAGAUGAGGACUCAGAACCUCCAGGGAAGAAACCACACACUUCAACAACCACCAAUGGAACCAGCGGUACCAAUGGAUAUCUCCUAACUGGUCCAUGUUCCGUGGAGGAUUGAUUACCCCAGACUACAAAUUCACAACCAAGUGAACUGUUUGUUCCUGGAAGUAUUUAAUAAGUUGCAAAUGCAGUUCCUUUCAUGAUAUUUCAUCACCAGAGACAAAAAUUAGGAUUCUCAAAGCAUUCUAAAUAGUGUGCUACCAUGUGUCCUGUUUGUGAAUGAAGAAGAAAUCCCAUUAUCUAUGUGUAGGCAUGCUAUGUGUAACUGACACGAGGGAACAGUAUUUGCAUUUGUCUUAGAAUAUUAUUUAUUUUUUUAUUUGUUUGUAAAUCUGUGGACAAGCGAGGAUUCCCUCACUCCUUUUCCUCUGGGCUCGCGACUCACUGCGAAGGAGAUACUCCAUCUGUUUCUACCCCUCUCUCAUGCUGUAGUCCAGUGUGCUGUGAGCAUCAGCUUAUGUUAGAGCAAGUAAAACCCCAUGCAAUACCCUGAUACAGUUCCCAAUAGGUUGGCUUUCUUUCUGUUCUGCACCCAUUUUAUAAUUGCCCAUAUUGCCGGUGACUGUUGCCCCAUGUGAG